GCAGCCGUGCGGAGCUGAGGACGGUGCGGGGCGCGCAGGAGCGCCGCUUCCUCGCCGGCUGCGGGCAUUUCGUCCCCGGGGCGGGGGGGGGCAGCAGCAGCAGCAGCCCCUCUGGGUCCCGCAUCCCUGCGCCGGGGUCCAGCCCGCCCCGCAGCCCCGGAGAGCGCCGCUCGGCCCCUCCGACCUGCUGGCGCCCCGGGACGGGGCUGCAAGGACAGCCUCAGCCGCGAUGGAGCCGGCGGGGGAGAUGCGCUAGAGGGGGAGCCGCCCAGCCCAGCCCAGCCCAGCUCAGCCAAGCCCAGCCAUGGGGGUGCUGAUGUCCAAGCGCCAGACCGUGGAGCAGGUGCAGAAGGUGAGCCUGGCGGUCUCAGCCUUCAAGGACGGGUUGCGCGAUCGGCCUGCUGCCAAGCGCAAGUCCGAAGUCGCUGUGAGCAGCCGGCGGGGGACCUUGGAGGACACGGUGCAAGAACUGCGAGAGGAGGAGGCGGAAGGGGUCUCUUCGACAGGCCCCAGCCAGCAGGAGGACAGGAGGGCCCGAAGAGCGGCCUGGGAGCGCCUGCGGGACGGGCGCGGGGUGGAGCCCGAGGAGUUCCACCGUGCCAGCAGCUUCAUGCCACCCGCCUUUGCCCGCCCCACUCCGAGCAAGCACAGCAACGAGCCCAUUCAGAUCAGCCUGGAGCAGCAGGAGCAGGUGACCAAUGACGAGAUGUGCGACGUGUGUGAGGUGUGGACGGCCGAGAGCCUCUUCCCCUGCCUCAGCGAGAUGGGCUUCCUGCCCCAGGAGAAAGGCGGCGAGCUCAUUGAAGCCGCCCACACCGAGAUCGGCUGGAGCUGCUACCGCUGUGACAACCUCAACCUUCUCCUCACUGAGGAAGAGAUGGGCCUCCUGGCCGAAUCUUUCAAGCAAAGCAAGGUCAGCCCAGAGAGUCAGCUGAGCCUGGAGGACUUCCUGAGCUACAAGCGCUUGGCGAGCCAACAGGAGGGCGUUCAGAACCACAGCGAGGAGCAGGAGGAGCGCGACGCCCUGCAGUUUGCCGCCCUGGACCCCGAGAAGACGGGGCACGUCGAGUGGGCAGAUUUCCUCUCCCACGAGUCCAUCUUGCUGCUCCAGAGGACCCGCACGCAGAACUCUCUGCUCCACCUGCUGACGGGCAAGGAGAGGGAGAGGGCGAGAGCCGCGUUCCGGGCCCUGGACCAGCAGGGGGACGGGCUGCUCAGUGAGGCGGAGUGCCGGCGCACCCAACACACCUGGUUCCGCAAGCGGCACAAGGAGGCCACCUCGUGCAGCGUCAGCAUUAGCCACGUGGGCCCCAUGUCGGAGAACAGCCCUGCCAGCAGCAGCAGCACCAGCAGCAGAGGCCAGGAGAAGGUGCUGCUGAGCGUGGAGCCGGAGGAGCCCAGCCGAACCGUCAACUGGCUCACCUUCCUGAGAGAGAACGCCAUCUACAUCCUGGCUGCCCGACCCAACAGUCCUGCCAUCCAUCUGAAGCCACUGGCAUAAGAGGGGCCCUGGCGUCUGGGCAGAAGGCAGAUGGACCUGGGCAAUGGGCGGGCGAGGGGGAGUGCCAGCCGUACCCAGAUCCCCUUGAUUUAUCCGAGCAGCGCCUGGCAGGCAGUGGACCAAAGGCAAGCCAGCCCCCCCCCCCCGCCUGGGAGUGGAGAGGGCUUGGAUGGCCUCCCCCCUCGCAUACACACCCCACACACACACACAUGCAGACACACACGCACAGGGGCCAGACUCUGCUUGGCUGGGACAGGACCCCAGGUUGUUGCCCACGCUGUACUUUUUGGUUGGCUCCAAGAACGAGCUGGAUCCAGACGGCUCCCCUCCCCCGUUGUCCAGCUCGGCCCUUUUCCUGCCUGCCUGCCUGGCUGGCUGCGAAGGGACUGGGCCCCAGAUCUUCCACCCGCACCUCAGAGGCCAUUGCUGCUGCUGCUGCUCUUCUUGCCCCACGGCCGAUCCCGUGCUUCCAGCUGGCCUGGAAGAGACGUGCCUCCACCUGCACGUGGUAGCAAAGAGGGCCCGUGAGGCAGCCCGUGGGCUCGUGCCUGGCAUCUACUCUCCGGUUUGUUAUUGGCCACGAGAGGAGCCGACACGGGCAUCGUGGCCCAAAGACGGACGUUCUGCACUACCAGGUGCCCCAUCGUGACUCCUCCCUGACGCUGGUCCUUUUGCACUGAUGGGCUCACAACAAGGCCCAGGAGCGAAUGGGCCCGGAGCGGCGGCGGCGGCUCAGGGGCAGAGACUCCCCUUGGCCUGCAGGAGGUGCCCGGUUCAAUCCCAGGCAGCAGCUGUAAUUAAUAGGACCAGGCAGCAGGUGAUGCAAAAGAUCGCGGAGAGCCACUGCCAACCGGAGUAGACAAGACUGACCUUGAGGGACCGGGGGGGGGCAGGGGGGGCUAAUUCAGUAUGAGGCAGCUCCUGGUGUCCAAAAGUCCGAGGGCCAUCCUGGGGGCUGGGGCAGAGGGGCUGGGGAGCCCCUUUCUGCGGCUAUUUGCAAGGGCGCCCCCUCCUCCGGCACUCUGCCGUGUUGAGCCAUAUUCCUCUCUUCCCUUUAAAAGCUCCAGCGAGCAGCCCCAGCCAGAGAGGGUGUGGACCGUCAGCCGCCACUUCCAUUCUUUCCCCCGCUUCGCAGGACAGAGGGCAGCCACUCAGCCCGUCACGAGGGACAAGGGCAUCCUUCCCAUUCCUGGCCACCUCCCGGCUGAACGCGCAGAGAUCGCAAUACCCGGGUGGUCUUUGCAGAGCCAUCCUCAGCUGGGUCCAUCCACAUCUGCCCCCCACUUCUCUCCGGUCAAGCAGACGCCUCCAGGGAGCCAAGAAGGAGAGUCGUCCCGCCCGUUCCUUGGCUCCAGCACCUGAUGGUGGCCAGCAGGACUGGGCUCUGUCCAUGGCGAUGGGUCAGUUCACAAGCCCCUCAGCUGCCAGGGAUCCUGCCUGGGGGGGGGGGGACUGGACAGAGUCACUCAAUGAGGCCAAAGCCCUGAUGGGCACUAGGAGAAAGGGAUGGUGUGUGAGGGUCACCCCUCCCCCCAGGCAUGACCCCUUCUGCUAACCGUCCCCUGGUUUGAACUUCUGCUUGCCCCCACCCCCAGGUUGACCUUCUCUGCCCGCUCUCUGCUCGAGACCCAGGAGGAGUCUUUGCCCCCUGCCCUGCCUUGCCUUGCCCUGUUUUAUCUGGACUUCAGGGGCACGUUAUAAGGCACGGUUAACUGGCACGCAUGCAUUAAAGAAGCCAUCAGUGCCACCAAGCUAAGCUGGGAAGGGAAGGUGGCACUCCCACAGUCUGGCUGAGCCCCUGGGCAUCUGUGCACCAGUGGAAACCUAGGGUGGGCAGGCUCCAUCUGGGCCCCAAUGCUGGCUUCUGAAGCAUGAAGAGGGGGCAGCUGGCCAGGGCAGAAGGCCUGGUGCCCACGUCUCCCAGGCCUGGGCAGUCCCAAGGCUCCCGACCGACUGCCAGUGACAGAGACCGCCCUGUCACUCCUGUGCCUCGAGGGAGCUAUGAGGCUGCCCGCUGAUGCUGAGCCCCAAGCAAGCCCAGCGUCCGUUCUUCCGCUGUGCCACAGCUCUGUACCACCGGCUUCGUUCUUCUGGGCCGUUCCGGCAGCACGUCUCCCAAGCGCUGCUGAAACCCGCAGGCUGCCCUGAGAUGGAUGCUGCCGCCGACUGCCAAUUCAGUUUGCUCCUGGGAGGGCAGCUCUUCCUCUCAUUGGGCGAAGCCUACUUCUUGGGGGGUGGGCAAACUGUUUCUCUCCUUCUGCGGGAAGAGCAAGAGGAGGAGGAGCUGUGGUGGCCGAGUGGGAGAAUAUCUGCCUGGCUUGCAGGAGGUCACAAGUCGGAGCUCUGGUUCAUCAGAAGGCAACUUCUUGUGUGUUCGUGGGCAUCCUGGCCAACGCUGGGUGUUAUAUGGUGGGUAAAAGGGACAGCAGGAGAACGGGGUGACGUGCUGAUGGGGCUUCCCUUGCAGCAGGGGGUGAGGAGUCUCUCCUCCCUUUGGCAAACACUCUUCUGCUUCCGGAGGUGCCCCCCAACUCCGAUCUUUCCCCACCUCUGCAGAAGCCAGGCCUGCUCACACAGGGGGUUCCGGCUUCACGUGCUACUAGGUCUCUUAAAUCAGGGGGCCAAGAGCCCAGAUGGGGAAGGAUUGCCUCAACCCCCCCCCCCCCAGCCUGGAGCUGCCCAUUUCUUUCUGCAGUGCAGCUGGGAAUCCAUUCAUAUUCACAGAGGGAGAAGAAACCCACCACCCGCCUCCCCCUUCUGUCUCCACGCCCAGUCAAGGCCGGCCCCUGUCCCGAGUGGAGGGAGAAACAGCUGGGGGGGGGGGGUUGGAACCACCAGUGGGGAUGUUGGGGUCUUGGGCCAGCCUCUGGUUGCCCACUUCAUGGCUCAAAAGCAGGGAGUCUCCUCGGUCUUCUGGAACAAAACUCACCAAGUCAGCAAAACCAUCUGCGGCUCAGGACCCUUCGAGACUUUCUGACUUGACUUCAAAACUCUCAUUUCUAUGAGAGACCCUUGAGGGGGGUUUUGCAGGACCCUGAAGAGAGGGAAACACUCGGGGGCAAGAUUGAGGAGACCCCCCCCCCCGGGCCACAAACACACAUCCCCAGCUGCUCGGGCCAAGUUCUGAGCCAAGGUCACCCAAAUGCUGUGAUCUGAAUAAAUGAUGUAAAUUAA